UUAAGAGCUGUAAUUGUCGGUCGUGUGCUCGGGAGCUCAGACUUUAUAGAUCAACAAAACGUUUCCUUGAACUUGCUGGAAAAACUAGUUGCCUAUAAGGCCAGUGAAAAACAAGAGUGAAAGAUCCCAUAAUAUCGUUAUCUCUAAAAUGGUCCUGACAGAAGCCCUUUUUGUGGUGGUGGCUGCCCUGGUGGCGCUCUACAUGUGGUUCCAGCGAAACCACAGCUAUUGGCAGCGGAAGGGGAUACCGUAUAUCCCACCCACUCCGAUUAUAGGAAACACGAAGGUGGUCUUCAAAUUGGAGAACUCCUUUGGCAUGCACCUCUCGGAGAUAUACAAUGAUCCCCGGGUUAAGGACGAGGCAGUAGUGGGGAUAUAUUCCCUCAACAAACCCGGCUUGAUUAUCCGCGAUAUAGAGUUGAUCAAAUCCGUGCUGAUCAAAGACUUCAAUCGGUUCCACAACCGUUACGCCCGUUGCGAUCCCCACCGCGAUCCUUUGGGCUACAACAACCUGUUCUUUGUUAGGGACUCCCAUUGGAAGGACAUACGCACCAAGCUAACUCCUGUUUUUACCAGCGGAAAGGUCAAGCAGAUGUAUACCUUGAUGCAAGAGAUUGGCAACGACUUGGAGAACGCUCUAAAGAGGCAUGGCGAGAAGAGCUCCGGAAAAUACACCACCGAGAUCAAGGAGAUCUGCGCCCAGUUCUCCACGGACAGCAUAGCCACCAUUGCCUUUGGUAUCCGGGCGAACAGUCUGCAGAAUCCCAACGGCGAGUUCCGUAACUACGGACGUAAGCUUUUCACCUUCAACAUAGGCCGCGCCAAGGACUUCUUUGUGGCCUUCUUCCUGCCCAAGCUGGUGUCCCUAAUGCGCAUCCAGUUCUUCACACCGGACUUUGCUCACUUCAUGAGGAGCACCAUUGGCCAUGUGAUGCAGGAGCGAGAGCGGACUGGCUUCAUCCGUAACGAUCUGAUUGAUGUUUUGGUGGGUCUGCGCAAGGAGGCGGCCGCAGAACCUUCGAAACCGCAUUAUGCCAAGAACCAAGACUUCUUGGUGGCUCAGGCGGGUGUAUUCUUUACAGCCGGCUUCGAGACCUCCUCCUCCACGAUGUCCUUUGCUCUGUAUGAAAUGGCCAAACAUCCCGAGAUGCAACAACGUCUGCGCCGGGAGAUCAACGACGCUUUGGUGGAAGGCGGUGGUACAUUGUCAUACGAGAAGAUCCAGUCCUUGGAGUACCUGGCCAUGGUGGUGGAUGAAGUGCUGCGCAUGUAUCCGGUUCUGCCGUUCCUAGACCGCGAGUACGAGGGUGUUAAGGGACAGCCAGAUCUGAACCUAAAGCCUUUCUACGAUUAUACGUUUGAGAACGGAACCCCAGUGUUUAUACCAGUCUAUGCACUGCAGCAUGAUCCAAAGUACUGGCCUAAUCCCAGUCAGUUUGAUCCGGAACGCUUCUCGCCCGAGAACCGCAAGUCCAUCGUAGCCAUGGCAUACCAGCCCUUCGGAUCCGGUCCCCACAACUGCAUCGGCAGCAGGAUUGGCCUUCUCCAGAGCAAACUAGGACUAGUCAGCCUGCUGAAGAAUCACUCAGUCAGGAAUUGCGAGGCUACCAUGAAGGAGAUGAAGUUCGAUCCCAAGGGCUUUGUGCUGCAGGCAGAAGGUGGCAUCCACCUGGAGAUUGUAAACGAUCGUCUCUAUGAUGAAAGCGCCGCACCGGUCCAAUGAGUCAAUUGUAAAACGUAGCACACAGAAUCAGAAUAGUAGUAGUGAUUAGCUGAUGGGGUAAUCGCCCUCUGACAGCUGGCAUUUGAUAAAGCUGAAAUGUACAUUAUACAACAAUCCGUGUCAAAUGCGGCGCCCGGCUUACUGAAUAAAAACAAAAUCAUUAUCAAAUUA